GUGUUGAAUCUUCUAUCAUCCCUCGACUCUUGUCUUGAUACUCCUUUUCAAACAAUCUCACUGCUCAGUUUUGCAUAGCGAAAAAUCAAUGCAGGCUUGAAGGUGUGGCGGUGGGAGCGACUUUCCUUCUCUUUAACCAAAGGUAGUCAGUAAUGAUUCCUAGCAAGCCAAGAAAGAGUAGGGUCGGUGCGAGGCGUUCUUUCAAAGAAAAACACCCGGAGCAAAUUCCCCAGUGUGGCACUGCUGCUAAUGACUGCCAACGCUUAAUUGAAGAAUACAUUGAGAAGCAAACAGUGCGCUUUGAAGAAUUUGUCAAACUAUGGAAGACUGGAGGUUACAGCUUGUUGCAGUGUGCCGUAGAUCAACGCUUCCGUAGCGAGCUUGUGGAGUUCAUGAUGGGCCAGUUCAUCAUACAGCUCCGUUCUGACAACGUGUUGAACUGCGUGGCCAGUAUCUAUGCGCUGUAUUGCACCUACACAUCACAAACCUGCCAGCCUAUUGUUCGUAUUCGGCUAACUACUCACCUGUAUCAGCGUAUCAAACAGGUACACGACUGGGCCACUGCAGACGAGCACAGCGACUUGGAUUUCAUAAUUCGUCAACUUGGCUGGAAGAAUGCUCUGGAUAUAGUCUACUAUAGCUCAGAGCUUCUGAUUGGAACGGGCAAGACAUGUCUGGAAGGUGGUGAUCCACUGGAUGAAUUCCUCCAGUCUAAACCCACGUCUCACAUGCCUGGUGUGCUUACGCAGGCAGGGGUCACGGAACUGGAUGAGCUAAUGGAAGAAUAUAAGCAAGCCAAGCAGUCUCUGUCUGGUGGCGAUUCCAUUCUGGAACCGCUCAAUUAUCUUCAACCCUGUGUUGCCGGUGAACUACAAAGCUUGUCAACGAAGGUUAGAGCUACGGCUGAUAAGGAUUCGUCAAGCUCCAGCAAACAAGAAAAAGACUGACACGAGGAAAGUCUCCGCUUUACUCCACUCACAUGCCCGUCGAUGUUCAUAAGCUCACCGUGACGGGAAUGGUGAGUUUUCGGCGAAACAAUGAAUUGUUUGCCCACCAGCACUUUGGUUACUCGACAUACCAUGGGUCACAAGCCAGACGAAACCGGUCAGUGCUGAUAGUGAACACCUGCUUGGAUACCAACCAUUGCUCCGCACAGAUCAGUGUUGAUAGUAUAAACCUGCUUGGAUACCAACCAUUGCUCCGCACAUGUCAGUGUUGAUAGUAAAAACUUGCUUGGAUAUCAACCACUGCUCCGCACUGGUCGGUGCUGAUAGUAAAAACCUGCUUACAUAUCAACCAUUGCUCCGCUCUGGUCAGUGUUGAUAGUAAAAACCUGCUUGGAUAUCAACCAUUGCUCUGCACAGGUCAGUGCUGACAGUAAAAACCUGCUUGGAUACCAACCAUUGCUCCGCACAUGUCAGUAUUGAUAGUAAAAACUUGCUUGGAUAUCAACCACUGGUCAGUGCUGAUAGUAAAACCUGCUUGGAUACCAACCAUUGCUCCGCACUGGUCAGUGCUGAUAGUCCUGCUUACCGUGCUAAUAAGCAGUGCAGUGACUGUGACACCACUGCCAGUGCGUAUACAGUACAUGUACAGUGUAGACUGUGAACACAUGUACUUGUACUGGUAGCUAGUGCCGGAACGUGGACAACAGCCAGCCAGAUGAUCAUCCCGCAAGUCGCCUGUGUUCACACCAUAGCUCAUCGAAGUGUUGCUUCUGACCAAUAUGAUCACAACCAAGCAAGGAGCAGCAUUACUGAAUCGGUCAAGACUUGUUCUCUAGGGAUGAAAAUGUACGCUGACUGCUCUGCUUUCCUUCUGCGAAGCUCGGCCCAGCCCAAUGUUCUGGUUUUCUCAAACCCUCCAAUGGCUGCCCGUUUGUCUGGAACGUGUCCUGCUCUGCGGUGGAAAGGUGUCUCUUGCGCACCUUUGGUUGAUUUGAGGAGCUUGGUGUUUCAAGACUUUGCGCAAAGUGUCACUGCCUUCUCGCUCGUCAUACGAUUUGGCACCAAGUUUUCACUACUAAGUCUCUUUGCCCACUGUUUCUGUGUGCUCGUACUUGAUGAUGCUGGCGAUGUCCUUGCCUAGCACCUAGCAGUGUGUUUCUACAUGUAGUUGGUAGUAGUACAUUUCCAGACUGCAGUGUACUUUGAAGUAGCACAUUCAACCUCAACAAUCACGCCAUCUGGUCUCAGAUUAGACGUUUUGUGAUCCCCAGUAUGAUUCUGUAGGAAGUUGUAUUUCAGCUCGCCAGUGAUUUCUUUCCGUGGGAGUGCGUGCCCGUGCAUGACCAUGCAGUCAGUGGACUACUCACACUGCUACUAUAAUAACCAACAGCUGGCUAGCAUUAGAACUCAUACGUAAACCAUGCUAAACACUGUGAAACCCCUGACAGGGUUGCUAGACUUUAUUGUAACAACCCUCAUGUAUGCACAUGUACUCCUCUCAUGUAUACUUCAAAGUUCAUGUAUGUAUCAUGUUCAACUAGAUAACGUUAACACCAAGCGUGCACAUAUCCUGUUGUUGACAUGUCUGAGGUCAUCAACUUGUCCUUUCCUUUUGUUUCGUUAUGAGCUGUCAAAGCCAGCUUGCAAUCUGAAGAGUUCCAUACUA